AUGGCGAAAAACAGGAAUAUGAAGAAGAGGAACGAUGUCGUUUCAAUGGAUACCACCGACGUUUCGGAAAUACCUCAAGCAGCAAUGGAUACAUCCGAAUCAGGAGUUCAAAACGCGGUUUCUGGUGCUACCAAUGUGAAGAUGAAGCUGAAAGGAAGGCCUAUGAAGAGAUCAAAAAAUGUCCGAAAGAAGAAAGCAAUAGCAAAAGCUGUAUCCGCUAACGAGAAGUCCAUUGAGAAAGUGUCCAAGAAUGAAAACAAAAGAAGCAGAGUUCAAUCUGCAAAAACACUCUACGAAUGA